CUUUCACGGAACCAUUAAGAGUGCGCCACGUGUCUCUUCUACAAAACCCCUAGCUCUUUGAGUUUUAUUGAAUUCUUUGUCCUGACGUUCCUUCUCACCCAAAAGGGUGUACCUACGUCGAAUCUCUGGCCCCAUUGAGCCAUUGAUGCUUUAAUUGUCUAAGUUUUGUUCUUCAAGUUCUUUGGCUGCUUCCCUUGUGAAUCUCGUCUUUAAUUACCCUUUUUUCGUUGAAUAGGAAAGGAUUAUAGCUGUAAAGAACUAGAUCUGAAAAGGGUUUUCCCCCCUUUUCGUUUAAGUUCUGGUUGGUCAAACCACCUCUAGGAAGAAGAUAUCUCAGCUUCUUCACUUAGAACACAUUUUUUCCCAUCUAUUCUGAAGUUUUGUAUCAUUUCUUCUUCCACCCAGAUCAGAUUCUUGCGAUUGAUUGCUUUUGUUUCUGUUUUUGGAGCUUUUGAUUUGCUAUCAAUGGUGGGUAGUUUCGAGAUGAACCCAUUUGGGGCAUUUCAAAUUUAUUAGAGUGAGUUCUUCAUCCGUUUGAUUUUGAAGCUUAGGAAACGGUUUUUCUAGGAACUGGUUGCGAUUUGAUCAGUUCAGGAAACUCUGUUUUUCUGAACUGGUUAUACUUUUGCCUAGAUUGAUGGUGGAGGAAGAUAAGUUUAAUGUCUUUGAUGAAGAUUUGGAAGAAGAUGAACUCCAGAAAGAGUCUAGUGUCUCUAUUGGCACGGCGGUUUAUUGGUUCAAAGCACUUGUUUCUGAAAUGCAUUGGAGUUUUGUAUUUGGAGUAGUGAUUGUUUAUGGGAUUAGUCAAGGAUUGGGCGGUGCACUUAACCGUGUCGCCACCGAGUACUACAUGAAGGAUGUUCAGAAAGUGCAGCCUUCUGAAGCACAGGUUUAUUCUGGCAUUACCUCAAUUCCAUGGAUGGUUAAGCCUAUUUGGGGUCUUUUCACUGACUUAGUCCCUGUUCUUGGAUACCAUCGGCGGCCUUACUUUGUGUUUGCAGGUCUUCUUGGUGUUAUCUCCUUGCUUUCAUUAGCCUUACACCAGAAGCUGCAUCUCCUACUAGCGAUUUUGUUGUUAACAGCUGGAAGUGCUGGUGUAGCCAUAGCAGAUGUCACCAUAGAUGCAUGUGUAGCACAGAACAGUAGCAUUCAUCCGACCCUUGCAGCUGAUUUGCAAAGCUUGUGCGCUUUGAGUUCUUCGAUCGGAGCAUUACUCGGGUUCUCUAUUAGCGGUAUCCUUGUUCAUCUGAUAGGCUCUAAGGGAGUGUAUGGUUUGUUAGCAAUACCUGCGGGGCUUGUCUUUUUGGUUGGAAUGAUACUCAAUGAACCCCAUAUGCCAGACUUCAAUUACAGACAGGUCAACGAAAAGUUUGUCGGUGCUGGGAAGGCUAUGUGGACGACGUUAAAGAGCCCGAACGUCUGGAGGCCAUGUCUCUAUAUGUAUCUAUCUCUUGCAUUGUGCCUUGACAUCAAUGAGGGACUGUUUUAUUGGUACACAGACUCCAAAAAUGGUCCAAAAUUCUCUCAGGAAAAUGUUGGUUUCAUUUUCUCAAUCGGUUCAGUUGGGUCCCUUUUUGGAGCUUUAUUGUAUCAAUAUGUUCUCAAGGACCAUCAGUUCAGAGACUUGCUUUUUUGGACUCAGAUGAUUUACAGUUUAUCUGGGAUGCUAGAUUUCUUGCUGGUUUUACGUUUGAACUUAAAAAUUGGAAUGCCAGAUUACUUCUUCAUUGUGAUAGAUGAGAGUGUUCAUCAGCUUAUUAACAGGCUAAAAUGGAUGCCUCUUCUAGUCCUCAGCUCCAAGCUUUGCCCCAGAGGCAUUGAGGGCACGUUCUUUGCUUUGCUUAUGUCGAUCGACAACGUUGGACUUCUUUCAGCAUCAUGGGGUGGCGGUUUCCUACUCCAUAUCCUUAAAGUUACUCGAACGAAAUUCAGUAAUCUAUGGCUAGCCAUUUUGAUAAGGAAUUUCUUGAGACUCACUCCCCUUUGCAUGUUGUUUUUGGUGCCUAGGGGUGAUCCGAAUUCUUCGAUUCUUCUAACCGAACUUCCAAGAUCGGACGUCGAUAAUGAGACUUGUGAAGAAGCUGAUAACAUUGAACUGGUUUCCCUUGUCAAUGGCAUAAACAUAGAUAACCAGAAAGAAGCUUUUUGAUGUUUGUAGAUAAGAUACGAAGCAAGCAAGCAAGCAAAAGGUUUGCAUAUUCCACUCAUGUUGCAUCAAAAUUUUGUAAACUACUUAAUUAGAGGAUCAUAAGAACAGUGAAAUAUCAACUUAUUCCUCUUCCACUUCUGUUCUUUGUGGUUGGAAAUGUUCUAAGAUCCUUUGAAUACCUUAUACAAGAUCUUAGAUUUGGUUUAUAGAAGAUAUCUUGUACUACAAAAUUUAAGAUAAUCAUAAAAAUGAAAUAAAAAGUCUACUUUCAUUUAAAG